CUCUUGCUCACGACGCCGUCCAUGGUGGUGGGGGCGGCGGAGCCGGCCGAGCCGGCCUCCUUCGUUCCCAUCACCCGGCGCUACGACUCCAUCUUCAGCUUCGGCGACUGCUACGCCGACACUGGCAACGACGUCGUCGUCUUCGCCGCGCUCUCGCUCGAUAACCCACUGGCCCGGGCCCCCUACGGCAUGACGUUCUUCGGCCGCCCCACGGGCCGCAACUCCGACGGCCGCCUCAUCGUCGACUUCAUCGCGGAGAAGCUGGGGCUCCCGUUCGUGCCGCCGGCCCUGCAGGCGCACGCCGGCAGCUUCCGGCAGGGCGCCAACUUCGCCGUGGCGGGCGCAUUCGCCCGCGACGCCGGCCUCUACCGGGACAUCCCCGUCGUCGGGCCGUUCGCCCUCAACACCAGCUCCGGUGUGCAGCUGCGCUGGUUCGAGUCGCUCAAGCAGACGCUGUGCCGCCCCGCGGAGUGCGGGGGCUUCUUCCGCAGGUCGCUCUUCUUCAUGGGCGUGUUCGGGGUCAGCGACUACAGCUUCUCCGUGUUCGGGAAGACCCUGCCGCAGAUCAGAUCCUUCGUCCCCGAUGUGGUCAACACCAUCUCCGCCGCCACCGAGCGGCUGAUCAAGCAUGGGGCGAGCACCGUGGUCGUCCCCGGGGUCCCGCCGUUGGGGUGCUUGCCGCCGAACCUCGCCUUCUUCCCGAGCGCCGACCCGGCGGCCUACGACUCCCGGACGGGCUGCCUGGCAGAGCUCAACGACCUGGCCGCCUACCACAACUCGCUGCUGCAGGAGGCGCUCCAGAGUGUCCGGACAGCGCACCCGGAUGCCAGGGUCAUCUACGCCGAUUUCUUCAGCCCAGUCAUUGAGAUGGUCGAGUCCCCCGACAAACUUGGGUUCAGGAGAGAUGUCCUGAGGUGCUGCUGCGGCGGAGGUGGGAGGUACAACAUGAACGCCAGCGCCGGGUGCGGCAUGCCAGGGGCGACGGUGUGCCGGGAUCCAUCAACCUAUUUGUUUUGGGAUGGACACCUCACAGAGGCAGCCUACCGCUACAUUGCCGAUGCCUGGCUUAGCAGCAUAAACGAUGGCAGGGGCAAACAAACUUACUGAGAACAUCAUCUCUAUAGCAGUUCCUCAAUAAAUAUCUUCCAAUAAAAUAAUAUAGAAACGUCCAAAUACCAUUUUUAUA